CAUCUUCUUGCUGUUCUUGUCAUUUUCUCUGCUAUAUGGGUCAACCAAACCAGACCCCACCCAGUACAGGGGUGCAGCAGAUUUAUGGUGUGGAUUCUGUGAGAUUGUCACUCUUCUCAUGGCUGUCUUUUACAUGUGUGAAGAACUGAAUCAAUUGAGAAUAGAAAGAUAUUCGUACUUCUCAGAGUGGAUGACCCUGUUUGACUGGUUAGGCCUGUUGUUGGUCCUGUGUAUAAUACCCUUACGGUUCACUGGUAACAAAGCGCAGUGGACUGUUGCAUCUUUGGCAGUCUUGUUUAAUUUCAUGAGAAUUUUUAAGUUCUCAUGUGUAACAAGGACUACAGGACUGUACACAAAAACUCUUGCAAAAAUCAUUCAGCAAGACUUGACAAGAUUCAUGGGAGUUUUUGUUGCGAUUUUCCUUCCAUUCUGUGGAGCCUUGUUUUUAUCUCUCCGCUCAUCCAAUCAAAACCAAGAAUUAAGUGGCUUUGGAGAUGUAUUAUUAAGUGGUGUUCGUGCCCUGUCCGAGCAACGACCCUUUGUAGCAGAUUUUUCAAGCUUCAAUUGGCUCUCCAUGCUGUUGAUGCUAAUGUACAUGGGAACUGUACUUGUGAUUUUGCUCAACAUACUCAUUGCACAGAUGAGCACUACCUACAUUCAGGCCAAGAAAGUCGCCCGUCUGGAGUAUGAUGUGGAUCGUAUUUUACAUCUCACUCGCAUGGAGAGAUUUCCUUUUUUGAAUUUGCGCGUGAAGUAUUACAAAGAGGGAGAAUGGAUUAGUGAAAAGAAGCUAGCGGAAGAGCUUCUUGAGUUCAGUGAAGAUCGCAAUCCUUGGGAAUCAGUGGAAGAAAAGCUUAACGCGAUUAGGGAUAUGAUGCGAAAGAUGGUCAGACAGAUGAGGCAAGAGAGAGGAUGAACGCCUGUUAGACAUGUCCGUGCUAAUGUAUGAGGCCUUGAACAACUCGAGCCGCGGAAAAUCUACAAAGCACCACUUAACAGAGUAAUUUUACUUUAAACUCUUGAAAUUUCGAAAACAAAUAAAUACAGCAAAAAAAGAAGAGAGCCCCAAAUUAUUUUCUAAGCAUCCUUGUCUUCAUGGAAUUAAAGCUAAGUGAAAGGUUGAACGGCGCGUAGCUAGGGGCCAGUACACUUUCAAAAAGUGAAAUUAUAAGUGCAACCCUGUUUUUGUUUCGUAAAUAACUCGUUAAGUAAAAGUUAUGUACAAGAUAGAACAGUUUGGUCAAAUUUCGAGCAAUGAAAACAGUGAAAUCAUUUUG